ACCACGACUACAAAGUCAGCGUUUGUUACGUGACAAGCUCCGCGUAAAUCGCUAUUAAGGAAGGGAAAAUGGCAACAAUAGAUAAAUUAUUCCAGCCCGUGCAGGAGAAGGCUGAAGAUACAGGCAGCAAGGUGACCGUAGUGGGUGUCGGUCAAGUGGGUAUGGCGGCAGUAUUCUCGCUGCUCACGCAGGGUGUUACAAACAACAUCGCGUUAGUAGACGUAAUGGCGGACAAGUUGAAAGGUGAAAUGAUGGACCUGCAGCACGGCUCCGCCUUCAUGCGCAACGCCAGGAUUCAAGCCAGUACCGAUUACUCAAUUUCGGCUGGCUCUAAGUUGUGCAUUGUGACGGCGGGCGUGCGACAGCGUGAGGGCGAAUCGAGGCUGGACCUCGUGCAGCGUAACACUGACAUCCUCAAACAUAUCAUACCACCGUUGGUGGAGUACAGCCCCGAUGCGAUAUUCAUCAUCGCGAGCAACCCCGUGGAUAUCUUGACGUACGUUACAUGGAAGAUAAGCGGACUACCGAAGCACCGUGUGAUCGGAUCCGGCACCAAUUUGGACUCGGCCAGGUUCCGGUACCUACUAUCUGAGAGAUUGGGUAUCGCGCCCACCUCCUGCCACGGGUACAUUAUCGGAGAGCACGGUGACAGCAGCGUGCCAGUAUGGUCUGGGGUGAAUAUUGCGGGUGUGCGCCUAAGUGACCUUAACCCUAAAAUCGGAUCGGAUGAAGACCCGGAGAAUUGGAAAGAGACUCAUGCUAUGGUAGUGACGAGUGCGUACGAGGUCAUCAAACUGAAGGGCUACACUUCCUGGGCUAUCGGUCUCUCGCUCUCGCAGCUCGCACGUGCUAUUCUUUCGAAUGCCAACAGCGUGCACGCCGUUUCUACGUACUUGAAGGGUGAACAUGGUAUUGAGGAUGAAGUGUUCUUGUCUCUACCAUGUGUGUUGGGCAGCGCGGGUGUAUCAGACGUAAUACGACAGCCCCUCACCGAGGCUGAGACGGCACAGCUGCGUAAAUCUGCGGAGAUAAUGGCUCAAGUGCAAGCCGGCAUAAAGUUUUAAGCCGAAAACGCUGUUCGGAUACGACCACUAACAUCUUUGAUUCUCUGCACGUUAUGCUAUACACACCGACAAACAGUAGAGUUAUCCGUCGAAACUACAAAUAAAACGGGCAGCAUUUAAUUUGAAGUGACCUCGUUAAAAACGGGAAAUAUUCAUUUCCAAUACCAAAAUAAUUCUAAUUGCAGACCUAAUUUUACUAAAUGUUAGUGCACAUUAAGUAAUUUUGGGUGUACACGUACAUUUAGUGAUUGUUAAUUAGGUAGAUGAGGUUUGUUUCGUGUUUUAAAUAUAAUCUGUAACAAUGGAUGUUCACAAUGAUC